AUGUCCAAAAAGCGAUCAACUGUAGAAAAAGUGACCGCAGAGCUCAAUACUCAUCUGGAUUCUGCAGUGUCAGUGAUUACAGUUAGAAGACGCCUUUAUAAACCGAACAUUUAUGGCAAAGCAACAAUUCCUAAGCUACUUGUCACAGAUGUUAAUGAAUCGCAAUUUAUCACAUCGGGAAUUGUUUUGGAAGUCACUAAAUUUCAUUUUGUAAUUUCUGUCUUGGAUUGCGAUGUUUUAGCUUACGUAGGUAAUCUAAUUCGUUCCCCUCCUCCUGCCGCUAAAUACGCAGUUCUGAAAGAUAAAAUUAUUAAACAAUAUGCUGACUCCGAAAAUGUAAAACUUAAAGCUCUCUUACAAAAUCUUCAACUAGGAGAUAAAACUCCUUCACAACUCUUAAUGCAAAUGCAGGAAUUAAAUAAUGGUUGCGUUGAUGAUGGUGUUUUAAAAACACUUUUCUUGCAUCAUUUACCUGUUACAAUGCAACAAAUAUUGUCAGUUUGUGAUGAUGAUUUAGAAAAAUUAUCACAAAUUGGUGAUAAAAUUAAUGAAACCACAACUAAUACUGCAGUGGUUAGUGCAUUGACAACAAAUACUUCUUUAAAGUCACUAGAAACAAAAAUUGAGGAGUUAACAAAACAAAUUCAACGAAUGUCUACACAUUUACUGCUCAGUAAUAACAGAAAUAGAACCUCAAAAUUUCGUUCCCGAUCGCGUUCUGUUACAAUAAUACUAGGAAAUGUUGGUAUCAUACACGUUAUGGUGAUAAAGCUACAAAAUGUGUAG